AUGGUUCUCGCCAGCCGCACAACUGCGUUGGCACAGCGCCGCAAGGCUGCUCGUGCCACCGGCAUGUCUCGACCUGCCUUCAUGACCAUCAUCAUGGCCAUCCUGGCCCUCCUCACUUUGUCAGCUUUCAUGUCGCCCGCGUCGUCCGCUGGUGGUAUGGGUGUCGCCGCUGCUGCUGACAAGCGCAGCGAAUACGGAACUGUUAUUGGUAUCGAUCUUGGAACUACCUACUCGUGUGUUGGUGCACAGGUCAACGGUCGUGUCGAAAUUAUCACCAAUGACCAGGGUAACCGUAUCACUCCUUCGUAUGUCGCCUUCACUCCUUGGGGCGAAUCAGACCUCAAAAAGGAUGCCAAGCACCUCCCCUUCAAGCUCGUCGAGAAGAACGGCAAGCCUGCUAUCCAGGUCACUGUCAACGGCGAAAAGAAGGUCUUCACUCCCGAGGAGGUCUCGGCCAUGGUUCUCCAGAAGAUGAAAGAGACUGCUGAGGCUUACCUCGGCCACAAGGUCACCCACGCCGUUGUCACCGUUCCCGCCUAUUUCAACGACGCUCAGCGACAGGCCACUAAGGAUGCUGGCACCAUCGCUGGUCUUAACGUGCUGCGAAUCGUCAACGAGCCUACCGCUGCUGCCAUCGCUUACGGUCUCGACAAGAAGGACGGUGAAUCGCAGAUCAUUGUUUACGAUCUUGGCGGUGGUACUUUCGACGUGUCGCUCCUCUCGAUUGACUCGGGCGUCUUCGAGGUUCUUGCCACUGCCGGCGACACUCACCUUGGUGGUGAGGACUUUGACAACCGCGUUUCCGAAUACAUUCUCAAGCAGUUCAAGAAAAAGACCGGUCUCGACGCCUCGUCCAACAAGCGCUCCGUCGGUAAGUUGAAGCGCGAGGUUGAGCGUGCCAAGCGAACCCUUUCGAGCCAGAUGUCGACCAAGAUUGAGAUUGACGGUUUCUUCGAGGGCAACGACCUCGAUGAGACCCUCACUCGUGCCAAGUUCGAGGAGCUUAACAUGGAUCUCUUCCGCAAGACCAUGAAGCCCGUCGAGCAGGUACUCAAGGACGCCGGUGUCAAGAAGGACGAGAUCGACGACGUUGUGCUCGUCGGUGGUUCCACGCGUAUCCCCAAGGUACAGGCUAUGCUCAAGGAGUACUUUGGCCGGGAGCCUUCCAAGGGUAUCAACCCCGAUGAGGCCGUCGCCUGGGGUGCUGCCGUCCAGGGUGGUGUUCUUGCCGGUGACGAGUCGCUCGGCGAUGUCGUCCUGAUCGACGUUAACCCGCUCACCCUUGGUAUUGAGACUAACGGUGGUGUCAUGACCAAGCUCAUUCCUCGUAACACCGUCGUGCCCACCAAGAAGUCGCAGAUCUUCUCGACUGCCGCCGACAACCAGAAUACCGUUCUCAUCCAGGUGUUUGAGGGCGAGCGAUCCAUGACCAAGGACAACAACUUGCUCGGCAAGUUUGAGCUGACCGGUAUCCCCCCCGCCCCUCGAGGCACUCCCCAGAUCGAGGUCACCUUCGAGCUCGACGCCAACGGAAUUAUGAAGGUUUCGGCUGCUGACAAGGGCACCGGAAAGUCCGAGUCAAUCACCAUUUCGAAUGACAAGGGUCGUCUCACACCCGAGGAGAUUGAGCGCAUGGUCGCCGAGGCUGAGGAGUUUGCCGAGCAGGACGAGGCUGUGCGCAAGCGUAUCGAAGCUCUCAACAACCUGCAGAACUUUAUCGCUUCGCUUCGAAGCCAGCUUAGCGACAAGGAGGGUCUUGGCGGCAAGCUCGACAAGGAGGACAAGGAGACCAUUAAGCAGAGCCUCAAGGAUGCCGAGGCAUGGCUCGACGAGAACAGCCAGACCGCCGAGGGUUCCGACAUUGAGGAGCAGCUCAGCGAGCUCCAGGCUGCCGUUGCCCCCAUCACCGCCAAGAUUUACCAGGGCGGUGCUGCUGCUGGUGGUGAUGACGAGCCGCUCAACUACGGCCAUGAUGAGCUUUAG